AGUAGUUUGCCCGACUUUUAUUUUGAAGUGACAGACCGGAAGCUUCCUUUUAGCUUUUCCUCCGUUCGUUGAGCUGAAGAUUCAGUUUAAUGAAAGCGGCGCAGCUCGGCAGUAACACUAACGACCACCAGUGACGUCAGCAGCAUGGCUGGCUUCCGGCAGGAGGACGUUGAGCUGCACUAUGAGAUGGGAGAGGAGCUGGGCAGCGGACAGUUCGCCAUCGUCCGCAAGUGCAAGGAGAAGAGCUCGGGCAUCGAGUACGCCGCCAAGUUCAUCAAGAAGCGCCGCCUGUCGUCCAGUCGGCGCGGGGUGAGCCGCGAGGAGAUCGAGCGCGAGGUCAACAUCCUGCGGGAGAUCCAGCACAGCAACAUCAUCACGCUGCACGACAUCUUCGAGAACAAGACGGACGUGAUCCUGAUCCUGGAGCUGGUGUCCGGAGGAGAGCUCUUUGACUUCCUGGCGGAGAAGGAGUCUCUGACCGAGGAGGAGGCCACGCAGUUCCUGAAGCAGAUCCUGGACGGCGUCCAGUACCUGCACUCCAAACGCAUCGCUCACUUCGACCUCAAGCCGGAGAACAUCAUGCUGCUGGACAAGAACGUUCCCAAUCCCAGGAUCAAGCUGAUCGACUUCGGGAUCGCUCACCAGAUCAAAGCAGGAAACGAGUUCAAGAACAUCUUUGGGACUCCGGAGUUUGUGGCUCCAGAAAUCGUCAACUAUGAGCCGCUCGGCCUGGAGGCCGACAUGUGGAGCAUCGGAGUCAUCACCUACAUCCUGCUGAGUGGAGCGUCUCCGUUUCUGGGCGAGACCAAGCAGGAGACCCUGACCAACAUCUCCGCCGUCAACUACGACUUUGACGAGGAGUAUUUCAGCAACACCAGCGAGCUGGCCAAGGACUUCAUCCGCCGCCUUCUGGUCAAGGAUCCAAAGAAGAGGAUGACGAUCGACGACAGUCUGGAGCAUCCCUGGAUUAAGGUCAUUAAGAGACGGAACGUUCGUCCGGAGGAGGGCGACCAGAAGACGAAGCGGCGGCGCCUGAAGACCACCCGUCUGAAGGAGUACACCAUCAAGUCCCACUCCAGCAUGCCGCCCAACAACACCUACGUCAACUUCGAGCGCUUCUCGCAGGUUCUGGAGGAGAUCGCGGCGGCCGAGGAGGGCCUGAAGGAGCUGGAGCACAACCAGCGCUCCUGCCAGGAGGACGUGGCGGCGCUGCUGUCCAUCUACGAGGAGAAGGAGGGCUGGUACAAGGAGGAGAACCAGAGCAUCUCUUCGGACCUCAGCCACAUCCGCCAGGACCUGCAGCGCACGCAGGCGCAGCGCAGGAAGUGCCAGGAGGACACGCGGCUCGCCAUGCAGUCCGCCAACGUCCUGAAGCGCAAGUUCGGCCGGCUGGAGAACCGGUACGAGGUCCUGGCGGAGCAGGUGGCGUCCGAGGUGCGCUGGGUGGAGGAGCUGGUGAGGUCUCUGUCUGAGGAGAAGGCCGCUCUGAGCUCCGUCAGCAUGGCCUAGACCGGUUCUGGAGCGGUUCCGGUCCAAAGACUUCAGUUUUAUGAACUGUCAUCGAAAUGUUUUAUUGCAUUUUUAUCCUAAAUCUUUCAUUUUUAUGAGUUUCUUGAGCUGUGAGGAUCCAAGUGAUUCUGCUGUAGAUUCUUAACAUUUUCCAUGUAGACGUUUUAGAAGAUUUCCUUCAAACGACCAGAAAUGUUGAGAUGAGCUUCACCAGAUUAGUGAAUGUGCAGAAACAUUUUAGUGCCUGAAACGUUCUCCACCUCAUCAUUGUGGUUUCACCGUCGCCAUGGAAACCAAAGCGUGAAGACGCGGUGCAGCUUCGAGUCUUAGACCUGAGAACUUCCGUCAUUCCAUUUCCAGCAUCACAUUCCCGCCUUUUUCCCUCCAGUGACGUUCCUGCAAUAAUGAACCGGUUUGCACUUAAAUGAGGAGCUGUGUUCAGGAGAGAUUCUGUGGAGAACGCCGUUCAAACGGAACGUUUUAAAUAAAGUUAUUUCUGAACCGCGA